AUGUACAACAUCCAUCAGCAUCGAACUCUACACGAAGCACAAAGCUUAGAUAACAUUCCACACUCAUUUAGGAGUAAUGGUGGUGUUGGUGAGAAUCGAAGAGGAAGAGGAGGCAGCAGAAACAAUGACGAGAUCUGUCAUAUUCACGGUUCAUCACGAGCUAAAUGUGCUUGUCUUAUGGAACCGCAGCCGUUCAGUACCUCACCAAUGAAAUCCUCAAUGGUCUGGCAUUCAAGAGCCGAAGAUUCAAUAAAACGUUGCCGUUCAUCCUCCUUGGCUCGCUAUGCAAAUCGUUAUCAUCAGCACGCUAAAGAUGGUUUUGUCUACUGGCCAAUGGAUAGUGUCUACAAGAAACCGAAGAUUGAAGAAAUGAGUGACUAUUCGCCAAUAACAUUGGUUAAUGUUAAACGUAAUGAAACAGGUCGAUUCUCCUAUAAACUUUAA